AUGAGCUCUGGACCUUAUUCAGACGAACUCAUCCGCGAACCGCACACGUUAUCUUACGAAUGGAGCGCUAGCACAGGCGGCGUUGAGCACCAUAUCGAGGCGAGCGCUGUUCUGAACGAACAUUUCCAGGGCGGCAAGCCGGUGAUUCCUGCACAACGGCAGGAGUCGCAGGGUCUCAUCCAACCCGAAGGCCGAAUCCCACCUCCAUGUAGCUGCUCUUCGCGCCUCGUCUUCGCUGUCGGAUCGGAUCACUGGCAGGCAAUCAAGGAGGAUCCUACUACUCCACGAACCCACACCGAUAUCAGUCGCAUCGCAGCCGCCCGCUGGCGUGCUCUCCCUGAGGACUCGGAGGAGCGCAAAUAUUACAAGCAUCGCGCGGCACUCGAAAGUGAAGCCCACCGUCAGAAGUAUCCCGGUUACAAGUGCCAACCUGGAUCCCGAAAGGACAAGCGAGCGAAGCGCAAUACGAGCCGUAAGACCAAUCAUAGGAGGUUCGAGAGGAUAUUGCGCGCGGCAGCUGGCAAUCUGUUGGGUUCGACGUUCGGCAAUUCUUGA